ACACGCUAUUGUUUUCUAUAAAUCAAAUAAAAUAAAAUAAUUUGAAUCAGUAUCCGACAGAAAUGGACCGUUUCGACCAAAAGAAAAUUACCAAGAAUUUAGCGGCAAUCAAUAAAACUAUCGAAAAGGAUGUUUUGGAAAUAACGAUCAGACUGCACGCGGAGAAAGUUCUAAGCGACAAAGCAAAGUCAGAGGUUGAAAAUGCAGAUCCCAAAAAAGGGCAACUAAGAUGCGGUUUACUGGUCAAUCAUCUUCUACGGAGUGGACCUGAUACUUACGGAGCAUUCGUCAAAGUUUUGAGAGAACGAAAAUUCAUCAAGCUAAUUGAUGCGAUGGAGAAUUCUGUACAAAAAGGACCAUGUAUUAUCAACACUAAUGAACGGGAACAGACAUUCGUUAUAUCGCAACAUAAGAAAUCCGCUAAAUUCAACGUAAGAGCUAUCGAGGAGGACGAUAGCGAUGAAAAUGGCACCAACGGUCUUCUCACCACACGAGCCAUUCGAUCUUCAAAGAGACCAACAUUCGAUAGCAUGCUCACCUUUGUCAGUCGAGUGGAAUAAACAAUCGUCAAUGCCCGGUUGUCUUCGGAAACGAUCAGAAGCCAAUGGAAUUAUUAGACUGUCAUUUGAAUCCAUGUUUAACGUUCGCCGCUAAUUAUUGAGUGCAGGACAGACUGUCGAAGUAUUUGAAAGAGAAGACAUUCUGUCCUCUUCUUUAACAUACCAAAGCAAACGUGUUAAGAAGAAAUAACAGUAUAUGUACAUAUGCUAUGUGAUUAUCAACAUCAUCGUCAUCAUUAUCAACACCAUUUUAAGCAAUAACAACAUUUAACCCAUUUAUGCCUAGC